UCAGGAAGGAACUAUGAUACGAUUUGCUGGAAUACAAAUGUUAGUUGGUGCUGAUAAACUUUCCAACUUAAACAAAGCAUCUGAACUUGUUUCAAAGGCUGUGAAAGCUGGAGCUAAGCUUGUUUCACUACCAGAAUGCUUCAAUUGUCCGUAUGGAAACCAGUACUUUGCUGAAUAUGCUGAAAAGAUACCUGAUGGACAGUCUUACAACCAUUUGAAAAUGCUUGCACUUGAGCAUAAAAUACAUUUAAUUGGUGGUACUAUACCAGAAGAAUGUGAUGGAAACUUAUAUAAUACGAGUUUAGUUUUUAGCCCCAAUGGAGAAUUAAUAGCAAAGCACCGUAAAGUUCACUUGUUUGACAUAGACAUACCCGGGAAAAUUAAGUUCAAAGAAUCAGAUACUCUAUGUCCAGGUAGUAGCAUCACCACAUUCAAUGUUAAUGAGUUUACAGUGGGACUGGGCAUCUGUUAUGAUAUACGGUUCCCUGAACAGGCACACAUCAUGAGGGAUCAAGGGGCUCAUAUCAUGAUUUAUCCAGGGGCAUUCAACAUGACCACUGGACCUGUUUACUUCGAGCUUCUGAACCGAGCUAGGGCUGUUGACAACCAAGUUUACUGCUCUAGUAUUGCUCCUGCAACUGACAACACAGCAACUUACACAAGUUGGGGACAUUCUUUGAUCUGUGCGCCUACUGGUGUGGUAGUAGACAGUGCUUUACAUGAUGAGCAGAUUGUGUAUUGUGAUAUGAGUAUGAGCGAGAUACAGGAUAUUCGAGAGGGAAUACCUACAUCGAAACAAAAAAGGAGUGAUAUUUAUAAAUUGGUUCAUGUGCAAAAAUAAGUUUUACUGCAAGAAAAUUGAAUUAAAUUGAA